UCGGGACUCAAGCAGGUUCGAACCUUCGACCCCUAAAAAGUGCCAACAUCACUCAAAAAUUUUUUUUAUUUUUCCUUCUUUCAAGUCCAAAUGUCUCAAGUAGCAAAUGAUUAUUUAAUGCGUCGUUACCCUUCACGUCGUAAAGCAUGUCGCGAUCCGUUAGAUGGAAGUUUACAUAGACAUCAACAACAACAACCACAAAAUAUUAAUCAAAAAAUUCCUUCAUCACCACCAUUAACCGAUUUAUCUUCAAAUGUUUUAAAUGCUCCAUAUUCAGCAUUAAGUGAAAAUUUUGUUUUGGCAACAAAUUGAACGGAAAAAAAUGAAAGUAAAAUUAAAUAAUAAAAAAUUUUUUUACUCAUUGGGAUUAGGGAUGUCACGAGUUCUUUUCGAUUCGAAACCCGAUCUGAAUAAUUUUCCAAACCCGACCCUGACUUUUUUUUCCUUUUCAAUCCUCUAACUGGCUAAAAACCCGAUUCGAAAAUAAUUUUGAAACCCCGACCCAAAACCCAAACUCGACUUUCUUUCAACCCGUGACAUUCCUACUUGGGACCGAUUCCUAUCAAGGAGAAAUUUUGAAAUUCCGAACCGACCCGUUUUUCCCUUUUAAUCCCCCUAACCGACUCGACCACAGAUUUUU